AAACCUAACUACUGUCUUUCAGCAUCAUCCAAACAUUAGCUUGUUGAGUAGCUUUUAGCUAGCCAAACUCUUCAGAAAAUAGAGCUCCUGGCCGAGGAAACCUAUGAGUCGUAAAAGAAACCAUAGUUUCGCUGAAACGAGCCUGUCUCCCGAACUGCACGGCGCCUUCAUGGAGCCUCCCGUGUCAGCGAGCCGAGCCGACGCCGAUUUCUUGGAGCUGGAGCCCGACGAGGAGCUGCUGUGCUCGGUCAGCGACAUCACCGAACACCUCGGCAGAAACAUCACCGUGGUGCUGGAGACUGCGCUGUCCGAGAUCCGUAAAAUGGUCAGCAUCAGGAUACGAGUGCUAAAAAUGGAGCUGCGGGAGAAAAGUGAAGAAAUUGAAGUGCUUAAGGCCAGACUAGAUACAGUCCAUAGGGAUGGUAGGGACACUUUCUCCGGUGCUUCCACCAUGGAGUCUGCAGAUGCUGGCUUCAAGAAACAGGACAGCAGCAACAAAAACAGCUGUGCUGACCCCAGGAGAGCCAAAGCUGUGCUGCCCGGUGUGAAGAAGGAGAAUAUAGAUGCUAUCUGCGACUAUCUCAUGAAAGACAAGAACUCGAGGGGGUGUGCAGACAUGGACGGAGACCAGAGUAGCCAAGCGAGCAGCGACAGGGAGACUCGCCAGGAUCCGAUCCCACACUCCCUCCACCUGUGGCCGGACAGCGGCAUGGCAGGCUCCGGGCCCGGGACCGGAGACUCAGAGUCCGCCGCGGAUGACCUGUUCAGUAUGCUCCCCUCUGGCAGCAAACGGAUGUAUGAUUACGAAUGGAUAGCACCGAUGGAGUACUCUGAAGACAUCAAAGACAUGAAGGAGCCCGAGUGCGUGAACACCCCGACCGGUGAGACCGAGGACGAAGAGGAGGAGGAGCAAGACGAGUCAUCGCGGAGAGAGAGAGGGGGACUGGAGCAGGCUCCGGCCCCCCUGUCUCAUGUCCCGCCCUCUGAGUUCUCCAUGGGGCCCCAGAGCUCUCCAGGGGAGGGAGGGAGUCCCCUGGAGGGCCACACCGAUAGGCCUGUGGCAGGCCAGCAGUUCCCCAGUCACACCUACAUCUGCUCUCUGUGUGGAACCUUCUGCCCGGACUCUUUGUUCCUAGAGGAGCACGUCAAACUGAUACACGCAGACGCCACCGGGGCUCAGGCUCUCCAGGCUCUGCAGUCCCCCUGCUCGUCGGCACCCGACAUGGGAGAGGGGGGGGAUGACUCCAGGAUGGGCGAAGGUGUCCAGAACGAGGACGGCGACGGAGAAGGGGCCGAAGCUGGGGGGGGAGGGCUGAAAAAGGAAAUCAAAAUCGACGGUGGGUACGAGUGCGGGGACUGCGGUCGCCACUUUAACUACCUCGGCAACCUGCGGCAGCACCAGCGGAUCCACACUGGGGAGAAGCCCUUCAUGUGUCCGGAGUGCGGCGAGAGGUUCCGACACGCGGCGCGCUUAAAGAGCCACAGGCUGGUGCACAGCGGGGCCCAGAGCCCCUUCCCCUGCCCCCAGUGCGGGAAAGGUUUCUCCGUGCUUUCGGGACUCAAGAGACACCAGCGGGUGCACACCGGCGAGAGCCCGUACGCCUGCCCUCAGUGCGGCAGGCGCUUCAAAGAGCUGGGGAACCUGUAUACGCACCAGAGGAUCCACAGCGGGGCCACGCCCUACUGCUGCCAGCAGUGUGGACGUAGCUUCCGCCACCUGGGGACCUACAAGAGCCACCGCUGCACCCCCGCGCAGUAAACCUGUUCUGAUGCUGAGAAACGCUUCUUAAAGACAGGAUACAUGGCUGACUGAGGCGAGGGGUCUUCACUGCUGAUGAAACUGAAAGAGGCGCAGGUCAAGUGGAGAAGGGGUUGGGGUCCCGAGACGCCGGCCGUGUUCAGUCAUACUCAUGACAUUUCACACCUGCAUCAGGAAUCAAGAAAAGGGGCAUCAGUGAGCUCAGUUUGAGCUCGGAAGCCAAAGUUUGACGAACUGAACUAGAGGUCUCAGCUCUCCUGAUCAGCAGACAGUUCGUUUCCAUGGAUGUGUAGAUGUUCAAACUUUCCAUUUUAUCAGAGGACUUUUUUAUGUAAGCAGAAAGUCAGCAGGUUUAUUCUUAACCUAAGAAACCUUGGAGAGGACAGAAACAUUUACAGUUCCAUGGUGGAGACAACUCUGUCAUUCUGUCAGAGGCCAGAAGCAGUGUUUGAGCUCAUCGACUACACGUUUGUGUAUACUUGAAAUGUUACCCAAGAUAUCAUUAACUUUAAUUAUCUUUUAUCUUUUCUCAAGCUUAUUUCAGCUGUCUUGACCUAGGUAAUCAUUCGAAUCAAAGAGAUGACAGGGCAACUCAGUUCAGCAUUGAACCUCUCAGUAGUUUCCAUCCAAUUGUAUCACAGAUUUUGAUCAUGAAAAAAAGCAUAUGGAUGCUCUUUUCCAUCCUCUGCCAUAAUGUGCUCGCACGUCGUCGCAUUGUUUUCAUCGAAAGGCGAGCUGUUUCGCCUCAGCGAGGUCCUUUUUUGCAUUGUUUUGCGAUUUUAUUUGUUUCGAAUUUUUACUAAUUUUUCAUUUGUAUAUUCAACACAACCACCAAAUGUGGAUAUAAAGGGCUCGUUCAACUCCAAACUGAGGUUUUCAGGGAAAUGAAUGAAAACAUGAUCAUGAAUAUUAUAUUCAAACUCUGCUAACAUAUUCCCCACACUCUAGGCCUCACAUCUGAAGUCAAUCUUAACCCAAAGCUGAAUGGAUUACUUAUCUCAAACACAUUUCAGUCUUCAAAACACUAAAGAAAACACGGAACUCAAAUGGAAGAGGGACAAAAGGAAAGACACAUUAAUGAUUCAACAUUAUUUAAGAACAAUUCACACUGAUGCACAAGCACAACAUGAACCAGGAUAAGGAAUCAAAUGUAUUUUAGUGAGAGACUUUGAUUUGUGAAAUGGGUUUGAAUUCCUCUACGCCUUAAAUGGAUCUGUAGUGGGACAACGUUCCCUACCUGUGGACAGACUGUGUAACUACAACAACACUCUUUUUGUUUUUACAUAACACUGCUUGGUGCUAUGCGUAGAGCAGGACUUUUUUUCAUAUCAUUUGUAACCGGUGUAAUGUAUGUUACAGACUAAGUAUUGGUUCCAUUUGCCUGUAUGACAACUAAACAUUGUGUGAUGACAGAAAAAAAAACCUUAAAGGAAAAUAACAACUCAA